AAAUGAUGCGACGAAUACAUGUAAAAAAAAAAAAAAAAAAAAAAAAUAGACGCUGAGAUAUAAUAUAAAUAGGGAGCCGGAGCCGAAGCAAAACGAUUAAAAGAAGUCGGCGCUGGAAAAUCAAACUCGGUCAAAAGUAACAGACAACAGGCGUAGCCAUGGAAGGAAGAUUUUCCAGGACUCGCAGACCUUCUGCUCCUCCGGCUGAGUUUUUCACCACUGCUCGUUCUAUGCUGGAGCAAGCGCAGGCACGCAACGCUGAGGUUCUUGAGGCUUCUCGGGCGUUCAAAGGACAUGCAUAUUCAAAUUCCAUCUAUUAUUUAGAGCCUUGGAGUAUGCCCGGAUUUGCUCAAAGAGAGGAAACUGCUGUGGCUUCCGGGAUGGCUAUGUUGAAGGCUAAGAUUGACAGGGGCGAAAUUCCUGGCAUUGUUAAGGGGCAGGGGAGCGGUUUCAGGAUUUUCGUUAAGAAGCGCAGAUGGGAGUUCCCAAUUCCAGGAGCUGGGGAACUGAGGAAGAGGCGUCCAGAUUAUGUACCAGUGACUGUGGAGAAAGAUGCAAGGAGUAAUGGCAUUCCUGGCAUUAGCAUGAAGAACUCUCUUCUCACAUCAUUUUGGUUGGACCAUCUUGGUUUAAUUUCCGACUGCAGAUAUCAUGUCCAUGGUGAGAUGCCAGUUGGGGAAUUUGUUUAUUUUAUUCGGCAUCAGAUCGAGCUCCCCAUGUCCAAGCCUCUGUUUGUUCUUCAAAAACACUGAACCUGCUGCUGAUGCCUUGAUGUCAGAAGUGGAUGGGGAAAAUAGGGAUGAAGAUGGGUUUCUUCACAUGUCCUACAGUGGAGAAGCGAAUGCCUCUGGAUCCAUCAAUCACGAGCAAGAAUGGAUGGACAAGGCACUGCCUGGAUAUCGCCGGUUGUACAUGCAAGGUGCUUAGUCAUCAAACUUUGAUAUCCAGAAAUGGGAGGGGAUCAACAGUACUGGAACUAUAUUGAAGUUUAUGGCAUUCCAUUCCAUGGUUGGAGACUUUAAUGCAUGUACUUGAAGUAUAUUUUGAGGACUAUGCGUCGGACGGCGUAAAUAUGAUAAACUUUCUUCUGUGUCUAAAUAGGGAUUUUGUGUGUCUGCAUUUUCAUGCACUUGGGAAUUCCUCAUCAAUAACGCCUUUUAUUCCCAUAAAAAAAUGCUUAAAUUUGAAAUUUAGAUGUGGGUUUGUUGAUGGAUUAAUUUCGGGAAUUCAUUUGUUAAAGUAUCACAUUGAAUUUUAAAGAGUGGACUUGAAUUGGAUUUUGA